GGUGACCUUCUCUCAGCCAUUUGUAGUCAUUGACGGUGUGUUCAUGUGGACGUGCGCAGCAGCCUGACAGUAAUACAAUGUAUGUGUGUGUGUGUGUGUGUGUGUGUGUGCGUGUGUGUGUGUGUGUUCUGAUAGAGCAGUGAUUUCUCCCUGAAUAGAGCGUCAGGUCUUCUCGGCUCUUCAGCCUCCACAGUUCAGCUUCAGUUUGUUUUUUAUUGGUCGACAUUCUUUUCGGUUUCUGUGUGAAAUCCUGCUGUGUGUGAAACGUCAGUGAGCAUUUUCCUCAGCAGCUCUCAUUUCAUGACGUCACACCUCACCAUUUUUAGACGGGUUCUAAAAAUAGAAUUGACUGAUGUCGCUUCAGAAGACGAAGGAUCUAAUGUUGUCUUUUGGUUUUUUGGUUACAUUUUAAAAGGUUCCGUCUUAGAUGAUAAUUAUUGAUAUUCAUUUUCCUUCGGUUCCAUCUUCCAGAAAAUGAAAGCUGUUUAAAAAUUGAGCAUCAAUUUUCAUGUGCAUUUCUUUAUAUCGUUGAUUUUCAGCUCAUGCUCAUGUGCACGACUGGUUUUGUGAAUGAAUGAACGGCUUAACGUGUCUGUGCUGCCAAAACAAGCAGAAUCCUAGGACUUAUCUGUUCUUACUUCUCGCUUCCUUCUCUUUUUCUUCUGUCCCUUCAUUUCCUGAUUCAUCUUCUCUUUUCUUCCGCUAUCAUUUUUUUUAUAAAACAUGUCUUGACAUUGACCUUAACUCUGACAUGUUAAAAACACGUCGUUGGGCUUAUCUUCAUCAUCAUCUACAUGGUCUCCUCCACCUGCCACCUUUAGUCCACUCCCAUCAGUUUCUUCAUGCUGUGCUUUCUUCUUCUUCUCCUCCUCCUCAGCCAUGAUUCUCUCUCUGGCUACAGUGACAGCUUUCAUUAGCGGCAGCGAUAACAGCCUCAACUCCUCUUCCUCUCUGUUCCUCGACUCCUUCGCCUCCUCGACCUCCUGGAGCCUUGGAGAGGAACCCACCAACUUCUCUUUGGAGUCCAUUGUGCAGACGCUGGGCCCUGACGUCCAGGCAGACAGCGGCGCCAUCGCAGUCCAGGACCUCAGUCCCUGGGAUGUGGUUCUGUGCGUAACUGGGACACUGAUUUCCUGUGAAAAUGCGCUGGUGAUCGCUGUGCUGUUUUACACGCCAACGCUGCGAGCGCCCAUGUUCAUCCUGAUUGGAUCACUGGCAGUAGCAGAUCUCCUGGCCGGCCUGGCCCUCAUCCUGAACUUCAUCUUCACGUAUCUGGUGGACAACUCGGUGAAGUUCGUGACACUUUUGUCAGUUGGAUUACUGAUCUCAGCCUUUUCCGCCUCCGUCCUGAACAUCCUGGCCAUUACGGUGGAUCGGUACCUGUCACUUUACAACGCCCUGACGUACCACACUGAAAGGACGGUCACCUUCACUUACGUGAUGGUGGUCUUUAUCUGGUUGCUGUCCAUUGUUUUUGGCUUACUGCCAGCACUGGGCUGGAACUGUUUGAAAGACAAGUCUACGUGCAGCAUUUGUUGGCCGGUCGCGAAAAACAACGCGGUGGCCCUGGCCGUUAGUUUCCUCCUGGUCUUUGCACUCAUGAUGCAGCUCUACCUUCAGAUCUGUAAGAUCGCCUUUCGUCACGCACAGCAGAUUGCAGUGCAGCAGCAGUUUGUGGCCAUUUCCACCACCAAAGGGAUCUCCACGCUGACAGCCAUCCUGUUGGCCUUCGGGGUUUGCUGGCUGCCUUUUGCUAUGUACUCCAUAGUGGCGGACUCCACCUACCCCAUCAUGUACACGUACCUCACAGCCCUCGCAGCCACUUGCUCCUCUGUUAUCAACCCCAUCAUCUACGCUUUUCGGAACCCUGACAUCCAGAAGUCAUUGUGGAUGGCAUGUUGUGGGUGUGUCCCUUCAAACCUGUCCCUGAGGCCCAGAGCCUCCAGUGAUGUUUAACAGGGUUAGUUGUGCAGGGCAAAGUCAACAAACAACAGAGCUAAGCUGAUCUGGAAACCCGCUGCAAAAGAUCCUCCGAGCCCUGGUGUGUCACCAUGUUUGAGUGGUGAGAGUGGUGAGUGUGCGUGAGUGAGUUUCUAAAACUACGAAUUGAAGUCAUUUUUAAGUACAAUCUACGUCUUCACAGGUAUCUUUGAAACCAAGUAAUGCCAGGUGCAGGGGCUGAUGCAACGUGUCUUCUGAUAAGGUUUCAUUCAAACACAUGCAAGUCUUUGUGUGGAUAGAAGUAAAAUGGUUGUUUCAAGAAAUUGAGGAAAUAGUGUUAGAAAAAAAUAGCUCAUCACUAACAAAAGAAAUGACACCGUUAAAAUCUGUUUUUAGUUUUCUAGGUCACCCAUAAAACCCUCGGCUUCUUAAAGCAAAUAACUCUUGGUUCUUUUUCAACUGUCAGGAAUCAGGGCUGGAUUUAUGGUCAGGACGUGAAAUCUGCUCUGCUCUUUGGAAAAACAGUUCCUCUGUCAGUAUCUGAGCUGGGACACGAGCAGCAGAUUUCAGCACCAAGGACAGUGGCACUGCAGAGCUGGGAACAGGAAAGGGGCGGGGCUUUGGAAACUGGGCUACACUGUUCUAAAAACAGAGCUUCACUGAUUGGUGAUUAAUUUUUUUUUGUUUGAUACUGAAACUACACAAUCCCAAAGUGGGGCACUUUAAUCAUAAACUAUUAAUAAAACAAUAUUUAUUUACAGGUACUGAUUUUUCACUAAGCCCUAAACCAGACAUCAGUAUUUUAUUUUUAAAUGUUAAUUUUUUGGGAUUCAUAUAAUUAAAAAAAAUCCUCAAAUAUUUGCACUUAACUGUUUUUAAAUCACAAUUGAAAGGACGAGAGAUCCAUUUCAUAAAGUAUUAGUCUUUUAUGAUUUUCUGUUCAGUAGGGGGCGCCACAGUCGUCUGAGGUUCACUGAGCUUUAGUCUGCAGAGACUCAACAGAGUUUAUUUGAAAAGUUCCAGAUGAUGUGGCUGUUUGUUUCUGUGUUGAAGCUCAGGGAACUUCUCGACAACUUUG